AUGAGGUUCUCUAGCGGCAUCGUCUUUUCCUUGCUCACGUCUGGCCUCGUAACUGCAAUGCCGCUCGAGGCGAAACGCGCCAAGCAUACAUAUGCAGUGGUCAAUGUAGAUGGCGCAUCGGGCUCUCUAUCAUCACCACUAGACGCACGCGACAACCAUGUCGAUAUCAAAGCCCGACAGCCCGCGAAGACGUAUUCUGUAGUCAACGUCGAUGGUGGCCCGACAUCCUCGACCCCGCCCGUUACGGAGACCGUGACAGCUACCGCCACACCCGUAGUUGUCACAACUCAGACCGCUGCCGAAGAGCCGACCACGACCACCGAAACAAUCUCCACGGAUGAGACGAUUGUCGUCACCAAGACCGAAGUUCAGCCCCAGGCUUCUGUCACCGAGACCCUGAUUUACACCACGACACUGCGCGCGGACCCUAGCAGUCAGAGCACACAAACAACUAGUUCGGAGAGUUCUACUUCGUCGUCUUCGACAUUGGUUAGUGUCGUUACCGUCACGGAAUCACCGAGCACCACUGAGUACUACGACGACGGCCAAUGGCACACAUCCUACGCGAUCAAGACUUUCCCGGCACUGGCUACCGGGGCGGCCACGGUCACGGUAACCGACUUCGGAACCUCGUCCGCAACUGCGACCUCCACUGCUUAA